ACGCCCUCGCCGUCGAUGGAGGCGGAGAAGCAGCAGAGGCAGCAGAAGCCGCAGCGCCCGCGCCGCAAGGCGCAGAAGCGGAGGCUCGACGACGAGGCCGCGGCCUCGGCCGCCGCCGCCGCCGCAGCCGCCGCUGCCGCUGCCGCCGCCGCCUCCGCCGCCUCGUCGCCGCUCGGCAGCGCCGACGCCGACGACGACAACGAGGACGACGACGAGGGCUCCGCCGGGCCCGAGAUCUGCUGCCGCCACUCGCAGGCGGCGGUCGCCCGCGAGGUCCGCACGCAGGUCGACGCCCUCCAGCACUGCUUCUCCUGGACCCACGCCGACCGCGCCACGGGCAAGCGCGCCACCACCGUCCUCGCGGAGCUCGCGAAAAACGAGGAGGUUGUGAACGUAAUCGUGGAGGGCGGCGCCGUGCCGGUGCUCGUGUGCCACCUGAAGGUGCCCCCUACGGAGGCGGCGGCGGGGGAGGAGCAGCAGCCCCGCCCGUUCGAGCACGAGGUCGAGAAGGGCGCUGCCUUCGCUCUUGGGCUUCUGGCCGUAAAGCCUGAACACCAACAACUUAUAGUCGAUGCUGGUGCCCUACCCCUACUCGUGAGUCUCCUCAGAAGGCAUAAAAAUGCUACGAAUACCAGGGCAGUUAACAGCCUUAUCAGGAGAGCAGCUGAUGCAAUUACCAAUCUAGCUCAUGAAAACAGCAACAUCAAAACUUGUAUCAGAAUUGAAGGCGGAAUCCCACCUCUGGUUGAAUUGUUAGAAUCACAAGACAUUAAAGUGCAGAGGGCAGCUGCAGGGGCGUUGAGGACUUUGGCUUUUAAAAACGACGAAAACAAAACCCUGAUUGUUGAUUGCAAUGCAUUGCCAACUUUGAUCCUAAUGCUGCGAUCGGAGGAUGCUGCAAUUCACUAUGAAGCAGUUGGUGUCAUUGGAAAUUUGGUUCACUCAUCCCCAAAUAUCAAGAAAGAGGUUCUCAAUGCAGGGGCCUUGCAACCUGUAAUUGGGCUAUUAAGUUCCUGCUGUACCGAAAGCCAAAGAGAAGCUGCUUUGUUGCUAGGGCAGUUUGCUUCGGCUGAGUCUGAGUGCAAGGUCCAUAUUGUGCAACGGGGUGCAGUCCGACCACUAAUUGAAAUGCUACAGUCAGCUGACUUCCAACUCAGGGAGAUGGCUGCAUUUGCCCUUGGGAGGCUCGCACAGGACACACAUAACCAAGCAGGUAUUGCAUACAAUGGUGGGUUGUUGCCUUUACUAAAGCUUCUCGACUCAAAAAAUGGUUCUCUGCAACAUAAUGCUGCAUUUGCACUUUACGGAGUUGCGUACAAUGAGGACUAUGUCUCUGACUUCGUUAAAGUUGGAGGUGUCCAAAAGUUGCAGGAUGGAGAAUUUAUUGUACAGGCAACAAAGGACUGUGUAGCUAAGACGUUAAAGAGGCUGGAGGAGAAGAUAAAUGGACGGGUGCUAAAGCACUUGGUUUAUCUCAUGAGAGUAGGAGAAAAGUCUGUGCAGAGGCGUGUUGCUCUGGCUCUUGCACACCUCUGUGCCCCUGAAGAUCAAAGAACAAUAUUUAUUGAUAAUAAUGGUCUCGACUUGCUUCUUGAUCUUCUGGUUUCGGUGAGCCCAAAACAUCAACAGGAUGGUUCGGUAGCACUGUUCAAAUUGGCGAACAAAACUGCAGCACUCUCUCCGAUGGAUGCGGCACCUCCAUCUCCAAGAUCGCAGGUUUAUCUUGGCGAGCAAUAUGUGAACAGUUCGACACUUUCAGACGUCAUGUUCUUGGUGGAAGGAAAGCGCUUUUAUGCACACAGAAUUACUUUGCUUGCUUCUUCAGAUGCAUUCCGUGCAAUGUUUGAUGGUGGAUAUAGGGAAAAGGAUGCAAGAGACAUAGAAAUUCCAAAUAUCAGGUGGGAUGUGUUCGAACUCAUGAUGAGAUUUAUCUAUACAGGGUCAGUGUUAGUAACCAGCGACCUUGCUCAGGAUCUUCUUAGAGCUGCCGAUCAGUAUCUGUUAGAAGGCCUGAAACGUCUCUGUGAAUAUACAAUUGCGCAGGAUGUUAACUUAGAGAAUGUCUCUGAUAUGUAUGACUUAUCAGAAGCCUUCAAUGCCAUGUCACUGAGACAUACAUGCAUGUUGUUUAUUCUGGAGCAGUUUGACAAGAUCUGCACAAGACCUGGUUUCUCUCAGCUAAUCCAGCGCGUCAUCCCCGAGCUCCGCAACUUCUUCGCUAAGGCACUAAGACCAAGCCACCGGAGUGCGCAGCCAUGAGCCCCGCCCACAUUCGUUGUUGACAACACCACCACCAUCUGACAGUUGCUGCUGGAGAUCGUGUACAGCUAAAGUUUCUGCCUUUCUGGUUAUGGGCAUUGCCGGUGGUAAGGUUAUUCAUCUGUUGCGGGCGCAUGGUGGCUGGGUCCUCAAUUAACACCAGCAACAAUGCAACAUCGUUUUAUUCAAUUGAACAGUGGCCAUCAUACUAAGAGCAAGUGUAUGGUCAUAGAGAGAUUCAGUCCUGGCCGUCUGUGAUAGGUUUAGUUGGUUGGCCCUGACCAGAUUUUUCUGUCUUGGCAUAGUUAUGGAGUUCUUAGGGUGACUUCUGGUUCAUUGUUCUGAUUAUGUCCAUGUAUGAGGUGUGGCGACGAUAAGCUCGCGCCGUGUAUUGUUGUAGCAGCAAUCUGUGUUCUUCAUGUUACCAGCCGUGCAGAUGUUCAA